UAUUUAUUUUUUAAUUUGUAAAAAUGACAGCUUCUAUUUCAAACAGAAUUUAUACUUUAAUAAUGAAUGAAAAGUUAUCAUUAUUCAAUUUAAAUGUUUUUGUUAAAAUAUUUUGUAUUUCAAUAUUUUUUGGUCAUUUGUUGUCCUACUUUAAAUCAGCAACCGAUCUGUUGGCCAUAUAUCCUGGCAAAUUGAUUCCCCCUAAUUUUGAUUUUUGGACCGUAAUCACCUACAGUUUCAUCGAACACCACAUAUGGAUGGUGGCCUGCAAUGUCGUGGUCAUUGUCAUGUACGGCAAAGUUGUUGAGCCCCUCUGGGGCUUUGUGGAAAUGAUUCGCUUUUACGCCAUUGUAUCCACGUCAGUUGCUGUCCUCACAACCUGCUUUUACUUGUUGCAAUACUUAUUCACUCAAGAUGUUCACCUCUUGUUUGAUACUUCUGUGUAUGGCAUGUCAGGUUAUGCGGCUGGCCUGACGGUCGUGUUGAAACAAACGAUGGGGGACCAAAUUUUGUUGAGUACUCCGUUGAUGAAGAUACGUAACAGACACAUCCCACUGCUUGCAGCAUUCAUCAUGAUGUUGGCCACCAUAGUUCAUCUUAUCCUCUCUCCACAACUAACUCUCUUUUUGUUUGGUCUCUUCAUUAGUUGGAUCUAUUUAAGAUUCUACCAGAGACACAAAGAUGGCACCAAGGGAGAUUCAGCGGAAGGGUUUUCAUUUGCAAGUUUUUUCCCAGAUCCAGUAUCUCUAUAUGUUGGAAUCUUGUCUAACACAAUUUUUGCUGUGCUGGUGAAGUUACAUCUCUGCACAAACACUCAACGCAAGUUUGAAUUCAAAGCUCCUGUUGUGCACAUGAAUCUGACUGGAGCUGAUAUUCACGAUGCCGAAAGGAGGAGACAGUUGGCACUGAAGGCACUGAACGAGAGACUGAAUAAAGUGAAUGCUCUGCCUUGGCCCAGCAUGGAGGAAGGCACUGAUGAUGGAAACAAUGCAACAAGUUUCAAGCCAAUUGACCCCUCACCCACUACUCUACCUUCAUCAUCUUCAUCAUCAUCUUCGGUUAUCAAGUUAACGGGUGAUGCAGUCAUCAACAUCCAAGAUCAACAGAUCAACAAAUCAUCACCAAUAUCUUAGUCACCAUCAUAAACAUCAUCAUUUACCUACUUUAAGCUCUUUUGAUAGAAUUUUUUUUAUUAAUAUUCUUAUUUAAUAUUUUCAUGGUUAAUUGUGGAUGUUGGUGUAAAGUGAAUGUGAAUGGAAGUAUCUAAAAAAAUUAAUAAUUGGCACCCAGCCAGAUUGAAGACAUGUUAUCUGGAUGGAAUCAAUGCUCUGGUCCUCAUUGCAUUUUGUGUUUGUGGGUCUACUUGACACCAUAGAGUAAACUGACUUCUUUUAUAUAAUAUAAUACAAUCAACUUGGAUUUUUGGGACUUAGCUUAUAUAACCACCUUGUUAACGCGUUACAAUUUACUUAAAAUCAAUUAUCUUACCUGUUGUUAUAUCAGGUGGCUGUAAAUUUGUGAAAUGAUAUAAAUGUUUGUGCAAGUUAUCCCGUUUUCUAACUACUUUGAAAGUUUUUUUAAAAUGAAAUACUCUUUUUGAUUUUGAUGAUUUUAUUCAUUCUAAAAACAUUCGUUAAUAUAGUAGAAGUUAUAUCCAUUUAUUCGUUGUAAAGUGUUAUCUAACCUACGUAAUAUAGAACAAUACUGUACAGACAGAUAUAAUAAACAUUGAGAACGGAACAA